AAUGAAGAAGACUGUUAGUCUGGCGAUUUUUCUGCUAAAGUUACAUUUUUGUCAAGCUAUUAAAUUGCAAGGUGUUUUACAAGAAAGACCAGAUAUUUGGACCAGUUUUCCACAUAAGCCUAAUACUUUAUUACUUGGUUAUAUAACUGGAAGUAAAAAUGCACCAAACAAGCCGAAAAUGUAUUAUAAACCUGGAUCAGCUAUGUCCGGAGCAAUUACAAUAGCUGUCGAAGAAAUAAAUAGACAAUUCAAACUUUUACCUAACCAUAGUCUGGAUUUUUGCAUAGGAGAAACCUAUGGUAUAGAGAGGAUGAGUAUUAGACAUACUGCAAAUUUUAGUAUGAAUGGUAUAGAUGCUAUUAUUGGUCCUCAGGAAACAUGUGAGCACGAAGGAAGAAUAGCUGAAGCAUUUAACGUGCCAAUGAUUUCUUACGUAAGUACAAAAGAAGUUUUACAAAUUAUUAUAAAUUAUUAA